GAGGAGUGAGCUUGAGAAGUCUUCUGCACACCCUUAACCAAAUAAAUCACUGUGCUUGAAAAACAUUUUCUCUGUCUCUCUCUCCCACACCAAAGAGAAAAUAAACUCGUCCAAUCUUUUUCACUUUUAAAACUUUUUCUAUUAAAUUCUCGUGAUAAAUCUCACAAGUUUUAUUUCUCCUUUUUGAUUCUCUAGCAAUCUCUUCUCAACAAACACAUAAACUUUCUUUUUCAUUUUGAUGCGAAUAUAGAGACUGAAAAAAUGGAUGAAUAUAUGGAUCUCCGACCACUGAAGUACACAGAGCACAAAACAUCAGUCACUAAAUACACAAACACUUCCCCGGGAAAAAAUAUCUCCGGCAAAACUCGACCUGACUCGGUGAGAACCGUCCGAGUCUCCGUGACCGAUCCUUACGCAACCGACUCAUCAAGCGACGAAGAAGAAGACUUCCUCUUCCCUCGCCGACGAGUCAAGAGAUUCGUCAACGAGAUCAAAGUCGAGCCAGGCUGCAACAACAACGUCGUCAAUAUCGCCGGAGGAGUUUCCAUGAAGGAGAGGAAGAGACUCUCCGACGAGACUCAAUCUCCGGCGGCUUCCAGCCGCCACCACCGUUCUCUCAAAGUCUCCGCCGGCCAAAACGGGAGGAAGUUCCGCGGCGUUAGACAGCGGCCGUGGGGAAAAUGGGCGGCGGAGAUUCGAGAUCCGGAGCAGCGCCGGAGGAUUUGGCUCGGUACUUUCGAGACGGCGGAGGAAGCCGCGGUGGUUUAUGAUAACGCUGCUAUUAGGCUCCGUGGACCGGACGCUUUAACCAACUUCUCCGUACCGCCUCAAUCUCGAGAAGAAGAUGAAUCAGAACCGGAGCAACCGGUUAUUGAUAAACCGGAAAGCAUCAUUACAACAACAACAUCGAGUUCUGAAUCAACCGAAGAUUUUCAACAUAUUUCGUCUCCUACAUCCGUUCUCAAUCUCCAACCAUCCGAAGAAGUGCAACAAAUACAGAAGGUGUUUAAAUCAGCUAAACCGGAACCAGAGAGUUCAGAUGCACCAUGGUGGCAUACCCGGUUUAGUACCGGUUCGAGUGAAUCUGAUGAUUCGUUUCCACUGGAUACCCCGUUUCUGGACAACUAUUUCAACGAAUCUCCACCGGAGAUUUCAAUAUUUGAUCAACCAAUGGGUCAAGUAUUUUCAGGAAAUGAUGAUAUCUUUGGUGAUAUGUUCUUGGGUGGUCAAAGUAGUAUGGACAUCGAAGAUGAGUUAAGUAUCAAAGAUAUCGGCUCAAUGUUCAGUGAUUUUGAUGAUUCGUUGAUAUCAGAACUAUUAGUCGUUUAAUAUCAUGAGUGAGAAGAAGCUACAAGAGAAACCAUCAGCAAAUAUCUAUGGAGAUGCUACUGAGAAAUUUUGAUGUUUUUUUUUAAUUAUUUAAUGAGCUUUAUAAAUUUAAUAAUUAGUUUUGUCAGGAGAUUGUAAAACAUUUUUGGAGAAAUAGUGGCAAAUUGUUAAUGUAUUUUGUUCUUAUUUAUUAAUUAAAUGUGUCAUGAGUUGCACGAACGUGUUUAGUUUUUAGACUCUAAUAUUUAUAGCAUUUGCAUUUAU